CAUGAAGUGAUCGUCUGAGCGCAGAGGACGACUCGGCUGCUGCUGGGAAUCAAACACCAAACCGACCACAUCCUGGAGCUCACUGACUCACUCAGCCUGGCUGGGUCUGAACAGGGAUGUUCCAUGGACUCAUGUGUGAGCAGCAGUGCACAGAGGUCAGCGGAGAAGAAACCUUCUAACCUCCGAGUCAUGAGGAGUCGUUCCUUACAGUGACGGGCCGUCGCCUUUCGAAAUCAGACGUAUAUAUACAAAAAUAUCAAUAUCUGGAAUAUUUGGAUAAUCUCAGUAAUAUCCAGGACCUGAGCCGGGACCAGGUUUCCUCCUUCGCCUCUUCUCACGGGGCCUCAGUUACUUCAACUCGAGGCCGAGAUGACGUCCCACAACCUCUUGGCCUCAGUCCCAUUGCACAGCUUGACCCAGGGAUAACCGUCAGCUCCCCCCGGCAGCACUCGAGGCCCCUGACACAGAGCCCUGCACAGGCCCCUGGCUUCAGGCAGCAUGGGAGACGGGAGCUGGGUGUGUCUGAGCCCAGCGGAGUUCAACCAGCUGCAGCAGUACAGCGAGUACUCCACCAAGAAGCUGAAGGACGUGCUGGACGAGUUUCACGGAGACGGCGUUCUUUCCAAGUACAACCCAGAGCACAAGCAAGACGUUCUCAGCCAACCCAUCGACUAUGACGGCUUCCAGCUCUUCAUGGCCACUUACCUGGAGAACGACAUCCCAGAGGAGCUGUGUCAGCACCUCUUCACCUCCUUCAAGAGCAAGACGGGAGGCUGCUCCCCAGACCCGUCCCGAGCCGGGACCAGCUUACUGGGUAUGAACGGGAAAAGCAUCCUGUCCGCAAUGGGCCGCUACACGCCCGAGCACUCCGGCGUGGUGAGCACAGCCGGCUCUGGAGCCACCACCUCCCCGUGUUCAUCCCGCUCCUCCUCGCAGCGUUCAGGGACGGGGGGCCACACGCCCGGGGGCCCCCACCGAUCGCCCUGCAGCCACGUCAAAACCUCAGAGGGCAGCAGCAGCAACGUCCUGACCCCCAACGCUGGACCCGCCAGGUCGCCAGUGUCCCCCAAACUAUCACCAGAGAGGAGCCACUCUGAGAAGCAUCUGUCUCUGCGGAGGAGCCCCUCGCCCCAGACAGGCUCGACCCUGCCGUCGCCUCAGGUGGUCUUUCUCAAGGACAUCGUCUGCUACCUGUCCCUGCUGGAGAGGGGGACGCCCGAGGACAAGCUGGAGUUCAUGUUCCGGCUGUACGACACAGACGGCAACGGGCUCCUGGACAGCUCGGAGUUGGAUCGCAUCAUCAAUCAGAUGGUGCACGUGGCAGAAUAUCUGGAGUGGGAUUCUACGGAGCUGCGGCCGAUUCUGAAGGAGAUGAUGGAAGAAAUCGACUACGACCGAGACGGGACAGUGACGCUGGAGGAGUGGAUCAGAGGAGGCCUCACAACCAUCCCUUUACUGGUCCUGCUGGGCAUGGACACGCAUUCCUCCUCUCUCUCUCCUCGUCCAGGUCACGGAGAAUGUCACUGCGGUGAGUGCAAAUGUCACGCCGGCUACAUCGGCGACAACUGCAACUGCUCCACGGAGACGUCCACCUGCGUCUCGGACGACGGGCAGAUGUGCAGCGGGCGGGGCAACUGCGUGUGCGGCCGCUGUCAGUGCACCGAGCCCGGCGCCUUCGGAGAUACGUGUGAAAAAUGCCCCACCUGCCCCGAUGCCUGUGGAACUAAGAGGGAGUGUAUCGAGUGCCGGCUUUUCGACUCGGGACGACUUGCAGACAACCAGACCUGCCAGCGCCUGUGCAAGGAUGAAAUCAUCACUGUGGAGAGCUUCAACUCUGACGACCCCGGCGCUGUGCUUUGUCUCUAUAAGACAGACAACGAUUGUGUCAUGAAAUUCACGUACUCGGAGCACGCCAGCGGGCGAUCCAUCCUCACCGCUCUUAAAGAGCCAGAGUGUGGCGGAGGCCCGGACGCCCUGACGGUGCUGCUGGCCGUCGUCGGCAGCAUCCUGCUGGUGGGAGUCGCGCUGCUCGCUGUCUGGAAGCUCGUCAUCACCAUUCACGACCGGCGAGAGUUUGCACGCUUCCAGAAUGCACGUUCACGAGCCCGAUACGAGAUGGCCUCCAACCCUCUGUACAAGCAGCCCAUCUCCACACACUUCGUAGAAACAGAUUUCAACAUGUACGGGAAGUCCUACAACGGAGGGGUCCACUGAUCCCUCAGCACAGGGGCGCGGCAGGACCGGUCCAACGAACACAUCCCUGGAGGACGGGGCCGAGAUGGACCGAACACACUCAUCCCUCUGCACGGCGCUGAUCACUGACGUGAAAUGAACUAGACUGUGUCCGAGGUCGGAGGCGGGAAUAUGUGGCCUUUUUAUCUCUACGCAGAAGAUUGGAGCCGACCACAGAGAAAAAAUUUUUUUGACUUCCUGUUCUUCCUCCGUGUGCGUCGGUCGUGGCGGUGGCAGCGGGCGGAGGAGCAAUGAUGCACAAACUCCCUGGUCCUGUUUAGAGAGAGAAAGUUAGAGUUAGCAGUGAGUUUAUCUGACGUCACACGAGAUAAACAAACGUCCAUAACUCCAACAACUUCGAAUCACUCUUUGUUCAGAACAUCGACUUAUAUUUGUAUAUUUUUAUAAACACUUUAAAAAAAAUCCCCUUUUUUAGUCUAAACUAUGCACAGGACUCUGAACAACAUGAACUUCACUCGUCUUCAGAUCGUUUCAAAUUCACGGGAUCAUUAAAAAAAAAAAAAAAAAAAAGCACAUAUUCCUGAAGGUGGCUGUGACGACGGUGUGGUACUACUAACAUUUACUAAGCAAUAGAUGUCUUACCUUCGAUUUGCACAGCGAAAGAUUUAGAUUUUCUUUAAUGUUGUGUUUGUUUGUGUUGUUGUUUGCUCCACUUGCACUCCUCUCUCCAUCUGAACCACAGGGUACCAGCUCGCCCCCGCAGCUUCUCACCUCUCACAGGAUGCGACUGAUUUACCUUCUAUUUGUCUCCUUCUCACCAGAUCCAAUGAAAAGACCGAAACUCAGCGACGUGGUCGUCUGUCAGUACUUUGAGAAUCAGCCUCAGAUGCAGACCUAACACAUAAAUCUCUGAGAACAUGGCAAAGGUAGAAAGUUUAUCUUGAAGAAAAAGCUAAAUAUUUCCCUGCAGGUGGUGGAUGAAGUUAAAGAUUACUUUUUUUUUUAAAUAGGAGAAAUUGAUGAGCUUAUUUGUGACGAUUCUCUGCAGCGGAUAAAUCCACAUAUGGAGCCACGGGGAGAAUUCAACAAUAAUGAAUUGAUUAAUCAAUUAAUAGAUAAUUGAUCUGUGAUAAUUCUUUCUCCAAAAACCACUAAAUAUUUUCUAAUUCCAUCGUCAGGCUCCUUUUCCCACAGUAAAUAUAAUAUAUUUAGUUUUUUGUCUGUUGAAGACAGAAAUCACAAUAGUUAUUUUUACUGUUUGGAAGAUAAUAAAACAGAACACGAGCUGCAGCCGACAGCGUUUGUGAGUCGGAUUCUAAAUAUUGAAGCGAACAAAGUAUUUUAACCAGAAUGAAGAAGUCGGGUUCCUCAGCACCGUCAGAUUCUACAGGUUGUGUGAAGCCGUGCGCUGAUGACACCUUUAUUUAUGGGUUCACGCAAAACUGGUGAGCACGAAUUUCUAGGUUUUCAAUAAUUCUGACAGGAACAAGUUGAAGAACCGGAGCUGAUUGGGUUAAAAAAAAAGAACGAGCAGUGCAGAGGUGUGGCUCCCUGACGGAUCCCUGAAGCUGCUUUCGGUCUUUUUCGUUGAAUUUAAAUGUGACGGUCAUAAAAAUAUAAAAUAUCACCAACCUCUGAACCCUUAACAUCCCGAUCAGAAACACAUGUUAACGACUGCACGCUGUGGUGACGGCCUUGAAGCAUUCUCAUGUGCUCAAGUAAAUACGUCACACCCACGAUCACGUCGCCUCCAAGUAGCUGCGGUCGCUUGAGUUUCGGCCGGUGAGAAUCGAGCUUGUGACGGGAAGGUCGCUCUCUCCCCUGAGGUGCCCUUGAGCAAGGCCCUCUACCCCGGCUGCGCGGCGUCCAGCGGGCUGUGGCUCUACUGUGUGAUACUGGUAACGCAGUAUGUCAUAUGUUCCCCUGUGAAACUGUCGUCCAGCUGUGGGAGUGGGUGGAAACAUCUGGAAUCUUCUAAGGAGAGUGUCACAGUUAAAUCUGACAGCGGGACACGUUAGGUGGGAGGAGCUCUGUGGCCUUUCUUCUUCUUCUUCUUCUCUAUUUGAUGGUCUUACAGUGAAAGUGGCCGGGACCUGGCGUUGAGUGUUUUGAGCGAUUGGAGAGUAUGUAAAUAUUAUUUCCUUGCGUACUUUUGUACAUACUGUGCCGAAUGAAAUGAGGUGGUACAGCUGACUGAUCCUCCCUGAAACAUAAAUCACCAGUGCAGCAUUCCUCCUGAACGUCUUCACACGGAUGACCCGCACCAGCACAUACGUGUUUAUGUAAAACCGCACAGAGCAAGAACAAUAAAUCUGCUUAUGUCAAGAGUCA